AUGGUCUCCUCGGUUGCUCUGUUGGCUGCGGCCAUUUCUGUCGUGUCUGCUUCCACGCCACCGGGCUUCCAGCCAGCCGUGAAUGCUGACCUCGUGGUGGAUUUCGGCAACACGCUGAUCAAUGGCCAGGUCGUGGCCAAAAACCUCGUCGCAAACCAGCCGACCAAGGUCGGCACCACGCGCCGCGUCACGGGAAACUCGUUCGCGGUCAUCAUGAUUGACUUGGACAUUCCGACCAACACGCCCGGUCAGACCUCGACCCUGCUCCACUGGAUGCAGACGGGCCUGGCGCUGUCGCCCCAGGCCUCGCGCGUCGUGGGCAGCACAAACGUCGGUGCAGACGCCAGCGCGAACAACAACGGCGGUGGUGCCUCCGGCAAUGCCAUCCAGACGGCCUUCUUGCUUCGCAACGCCACCGGCCAGGCUCCCGCCGCGCCGUACAUCAGCCCCAACCCGCCGGCGCGUCUACCGCUCAGCCACACGUAUGCGCAGUUCUUGGUCGACACGAGCGGACUGUCGGCGCAGUCGACGGCGAUGCAGACGCUGAUGAAGGCGGCCCAGACACGCCAGGGCUUCAACCUGCAGCAGGUGUUGCAGCAGGCCGGUCUGACGAACAAGCUGGUGGCGGCCAACUUUUUCAACGUGACAAACCCUGGUCCUGUGCAGGCUGCCAGCGGCAACGGCACAGAAAAUGGAAACGGCAGCGGCAACGGCAGCGGCAACAGCAACGGCAACGGUGAGCAGCAACAGGGCUCUGUGUCCUCGACAGACAACAACUCGCCAUCAUCGGUCUCCUCAUCGUCGACCACCUCCACUACCAAUGGCGACAGCAACAGCGGCAGCGCGGCGUCGUCGGCCAGUGGCAACAAUGUGGUUAAGGCGAACGGGGCAGCGUCUCUGUCAGCAGUCGCCGGCCCGGUUACUGUCCUGGCCGGCGCGGUUGCACUUUUCUUUGCUUUGUAA